AAGGCGUGAACGCGACCCGUAGGGACUGAGUGGCUUUCAGCCUGAGCUGCACCUGCACCUGCCCUUUUCCCACCAGGGCGAACGCCUACUCAGAAGAGUGACAAGUGGGUGAUACUCGAUCGGCUCUUUAUGGCCUACCCGGGAUACGGAGGAGGGUUUGGAAAUUUUAGUGGUCAGAUGCCAGGAAUGCAGGUGCCAGGAACAGGUCCAAACAUGUUUCCUGGUGGUUACUCUGGGUACCCAGCAUAUUCAGACAAUUAUUCUUCAGCUGAUGACGCCAUGUGGUCUUAUUUCACUGCUGUUGCUGGACAGGAUGGUGAAGUGGAUGCUGAAGAACUUCAGAAAUGUUUGACACAGUCUGGAAUUAGUGGAACUUAUUCUCCCUUCAGUUUGGAAACCUGCAGAAUUAUGAUUGCCAUGUUGGAUAGAGAUUAUACAGGAAAAAUGGGAUUUAAUGAAUUCAAGGAGCUUUGGGCAGCUCUUAAUGCCUGGAAACAGAACUUCAUGACCAUGGAUCAAGACCGAAGUGGCACAGUGGAGCAUCAUGAGUUGAGUCAAGCCAUUGCUAUCAUGGGCUAUAGGUUGAGUCCUCAAACAUUAACUGCUAUUGUUAAACGUUAUAGUAAGAAUGGCAGAAUUUUCUUUGAUGAUUACGUUGCUUGCUGUGUGAAGCUUCGAGCAUUGACAGAUUUCUUUAGGAGAAGAGAUCACUUGCAACAAGGGUGUGUGAACUUAAUGUAUGAUGAUUUUUUGCAGGGUACCAUGAUAAUUUGAAUGCCUUAUAUUUGAACCUGAAGAAAUACUGUGAAUUAUUUUACUUGGAAGAAGUGAACUGGACUAACUUAAAUUAAAACUUUCGGAGCUUUUUCUGUUCCUACUUGUUUAAUCUUUUACUUAACUAUGUUUUCACUUUAAUUCAUAGUUCAAAGCAAGAAAAGAUAGGCAGGUAGGUAGGUAGAUGAUAUAUAGAAUUUUUUUUCAGAAGUUAUCACUUUAGAAAAGUUAUCAUUUUGCAAAUAUCUGUACACUGUUGUAGAAUACUGGCACAGAAUUAAUUGAUGUCAAAACUUCUUAACCUUAAAUUUUAACAAUGAAAACUAGAGGAAUGUACUAAAGAAAAAGAUUGUAUAAGAGGCCAAAUGACUAAAGCCUAGAUAAACUUAUUUAUACUUAUAUGAGAGAUACAGAUUAUACUUUUGAAUUUUAUUUGUAGAUAUGGGUGUUUGAGGGUCAGCUAGAAGGGAAAGUCUGGAUAUUUUGCCAUCUCUGUAGCAGGAUUUGUUCUUUGAUCACGUAAUCAAACAUAACCUAGGUUUUUGCCUGUGAAGAAGAAAAUUGCAAUUACAAAAAUUUAUCCUAAUUUGAAUCUAUAGUGAAAAAACUAUAGGAGGCAUUGUUUUUCCUUUUUUAAAUUUUUUUUUGUGGUUUGUAUUUUUCUUCAAUAUAUUUUACUGUCUACUGUGAAAUAAAAAGUUCUUAA